GCACAUGCACAUGAGGAAGGCGUGUCUCUCGCGUCUGUUGCUCCGCCCCGUUUUCUCCCGCAGAUUAAACUGAAUUAACAGCUCCGGGUUCUCUGACGCUCAGAUUCAAGGAAAACACAGAAAAUAUGGAAUAAGAUGGUUUUUGAAGCGAAACGGAUGAUUGACAGGGCAUGGCGCUACUCUGUUGUCGUGACGAUGGUCUGUUUAUCCUGGCUCCUCCCAGUCAUUGCUACUGCCACGCCCUUCCCCAGGGAUCUGCAGCCAAUCAGUGUGGUGCGUCCGGAAGAGUCGCACCUGUAUCCCAGUUUUCAGGGUCUGGUGUUUAAUAAUGGCACGGAGCGUCUGGGUCUGGACUAUCUUGUAUUUUAUCCAGGAUCCGAUCCAGCACACAUGCUGUACGAAUCGCUGGGCCAGGUCAUUCGAUCACUGAAGAUCAUUCUCCUGUUUAGAGACCAUGUAUUUGUUGUGAAUCUCACUACUGCAGUCGAUAAAAUCAUCCCACAGCAGAUACUGACGUGGAGAUCUACAGAUGUGUCCAAGUGCGCCGUGCGAGGAAGAAACAGCGAUGAGUGUUAUAAUUACAUCAAGGUUCUUGUGCCUCGUAACGACGAGACUCUGUUUGCGUGUGGAACGAACGCUCUGAACCCGGCCUGCAGAAACUACAGAUUGAGUUCGCUGGAGCAGGUCGGUCAGGAGCUGCUGGGUCAGGCCCGAUGUCCGUUUGAGUCUCGCCAGUCCAACAUAGGAGUGUUUGCAGGUGGUCAUUUCUAUUCGGGCACAGUGACGGACUUCCAGGCGAGUGAUGCGGUGAUCUACAGGAGUCUGGGUGGAGAGGGGCGGCCCGUCCUGCGCACCGUCAAAUACGACUCCAAAUGGCUCAGAGAGCCUCACUUCCUGCACGCUGUCGAAUACGGCAACUAUGUGUAUUUCUUCUUCAGUGAGAUCGCAGUGGAGCACACGGGCGUUGGGAAGGUGGUGUAUUCGCGCGUGGCGCGUGUGUGUAAGAACGACAGCGGAGGCUCCACGCGGGUGUUGGAUCGUCACUGGACGUCGUUUCUGCGUCUGAACUGCUCUGUUCCUGGAGACACGUUCUUCUACUUCGACGUGCUGCAGUCGCUCACCAACGUGCUGCAGAUCAACCAGCGGCCCGCUGUGGUGGGGGUCUUCACCACACAGACCAACAGCAUUCCUGGCUCAGCAGUGUGUGGGUUUUAUUUGGAUGACAUUGAGCAAGUGUUUAAUGGGAAGUUUAAGGAGCAGAAGAACAGUGAUUCAGUGUGGAUGCCAGUACCUGAGGAACUAGUGCCCAAACCACGUCCAGGUUCAUGUGCAGGUGAAGGUUCAGCGUCCUCCUACUCAUCCUCUGUUCAGUUUCCAGACUCUGUGCUUUCAUUUAUUAAGACGCAUCCGCUGAUGGACGAGUCUGUGUCAGCAAUCAACAGCCAACCACUGAUCACCAGCACCGCCAGCAGGUAUAAGCUGACUCAGAUUGUAGUGGAUACGGCGGCUGGGCCUCAUAAGAACCGCAGCGUUGUGUUUCUGGGCUCUGAAGACGGCCGGGUCCUGAAGAUCCUGACCGGCACUCAAGACAACAGCUCCAGACUGCUGGAGGACAUCAGCGUCUUCAGUCCCACACAGUGUAGCGGAGAGCGUGGGGUUUUGGGUCUGGAGCUGGAUAAGGAGCAUCACGCUCUGUUUGUGGCGUUUUCCAGCUGCAUUAUCAGAGUUCCUCUCAGCCGCUGCGCUCAACACGGCACAUGCAAGAGACGCUGUCUCCACACGCAUGACCCAUACUGCAUCUGGCUGCGGACGGGACGCUGUGCUGACGUGGCUCCAGGGUUCAAGGCGGGUUUUGAGCAGGACGUUGACGGUGACCAAUCACAUUCAUCUGACGUGUGCACCGCAGCAGGAAGUGAUGUGAGCUCAGCUGUGGAUUCAGCCUCCGGUGUGAAGCAGCUUCCUGACGCAGCGGCUCUCAGCGACGGCUUUCACUUCACUCUGCUGGGCGCGUGUGUGUUGGUGGCGUUCGUGUUGGGUGCCGUCGUGUCCGGUUUGCUGGUGUCCUGUUACUGCGGUCAGAGAUCCCACCAAUCACAGGAGCCCGAGGCGUCGCUCUCGCUCACCAGCCUCGCCAAACUCAACCGCCUCGUAGACACCAGACCAGACAAGAACGACCUCACGUCCUCUCAGACCUACAGCUCCGGGCCGCCCGUUAAACCACACGUGACUGAGGACGAGGAGUUUGUCUCGGACCUGCCCACCCCGGAUUUGACGCCCGAACUGCCAAUCAAGAACUUAAACAGCCAAUGGGAGAGAAGCCAAAGCUACAACUCCACCCUGCAGGUGUUCCCCACCAAUCAGACGCUUCCCAGCAAGCACACGCCCCCAGAGGGCCACGGCGACGAUGUAUUUAAACACACACAGAAUCCCGUUGUCGCCAUUAUGACUUCAUCCUUAUUACCGGGCGACUCCGGGUCGCUGCACACGCCAACAUCAUAUUACAACUGCCUAAAAGAGACGCCCGAAACCUCAGCGUUUCAGCAGAUUCCACGACAGACGCUUCCUGAGCAGCGCCACGUCCUUAUAAAGAUGGGCAACGGCGUCACGACCGCCCGCCAGCACCGCUUCAACCAGACGUCAGCGCACGCGGGAAACAUCUACGAGAUACACCCGCGGUUAAUCACAGGCGGCUCGUGUCUGACGCGACAGCACAGCUACUGCGAGCCGCCACACCUGCAGCGCGCGGCUAUCAUCAGACGCUCAGAGUCACUCAAACCACAGAUACCCCCCAAACCCACAUACAUACCCCCCAAAACACUGCACCCGCCCUCGCACGCCAAACACUGACCUCUGACCCCAAGACACGACCCACACGGAACACUAGCAUACUGAUUACUGCACAGUAUAUACUGUACAUAGCAAACACUUCAUAUCAUUAGGUAGGAUGUUCAGUUCAGCGGGUGGCCUACAGUUAACUUCUAAAUAAUAACUUUUUUUUUUUUUUUUUAUAAAAUAAAAUAAAAAAAUUCAACUUUAUUUCAGAAAAUAAGCUCAAUGACCAACAAAAGAUGAGCAUGCACGGUAUAUACUGCAGAAAGAAAACGUGAUCUCAUUAUGUUGCAUCAGCAUUUGGCUUCUAAGUAUCUUAUAAAACCUCUAUUUUGUAAUUUGAACACUAUUUUUGCUCCAACAAAAAAGAUUGUCCAUUGCCUUUUGGAUUAGACUCCUUGGGGAUUCAAGACAAGUUUUGUCUUUAAAAUAAUCUUAAAAUGAGAACAUUCUUAAGAAAUGGUUUGGGAAUACAAAAUAUCUUUCAAAUAAAAUCUUUUUUUUUUUUUUUUUUUUUUGCAUAUUCCUUAAUCGCAAUUUAAUUUUCCAUUGGCUUUUGCAUUAAACAUUUCGGGGAUAUAAGACAAGUUAGAGGUUAUAACUUUAUAUUGGUACUUUAUGCAAAUGAAUAAUUCACAUACUGUGUCCAGUAAACAUGUUGCAGUGUUAGUAUGAAUAGUAUUUCUUCUAAACACGAGUCAGAAAACGGGAUCAGAGUAAUCAGAUAAGUAAUGUUUGUGUUUUCAUUGAGAGGAGCGCGAGCAGGAAACAGCAUCGCAUCAGACUGACAUCACUGAGCUGCAUUAAUGAGAUCUAACGUGUUUGAGUUGAUUUGUGCCUUACGUGAGAGACCUGAGGUCAGAGGUCACGAGAGGAGCCUGGUGUUCCCGUUCAUCAGCAGUGGCUUCAUGUUUCAGAGACAGGUUUCUUGGACUUGUAAAUGUCAUGUGACGGAUCAGUGUGUGUUAGAAAUCACUGCAGAAGACUGAAAAUGGCUCUAAGGCUUUUAAGAGCCUACACAAGUAUUGGUGACUGCUGAAGCUUUUACUUUAAUAUAGUCAAAUAUUCACGAUUUGCAUUUUGCUUGCAAAAAAAAAAAAGUUUCACCAGAAAAUACUUUGAAAAGUAAUUAUUUUGGGGUGUGAUGUCAUGCUUGUUUUAUUAAACUAUACAUGAUGAUGAAUGAGUGUGUGUGUGUGUGUGUGUGAGAGAGAGACAAACCCCUCCUCCUCUGACAGUAGCUCCGCCCACCUGACCUACGGAGGCCGUGAUUGGUGCAGCCGGAGGGUUUGUAUCACAGAACAUUUCGCAUUUAUUUAAUAACAGCACUAUAUUCAGUGAGUUGGCUAUGAAUUUGUGUGAUUAUGUAAUGAUUAAUAAUAAACACUGGCACUGUUAAAA